AUGGGUGAAACAGGGUGGAAAGGACUGGUGUUCCUUGUGUGUGCCUGUAUGACUGUUGUCACACGCGGAAAGACAGUGAAAUAUCAGACAUUUGAGGAAGACGCACCGGGUACAGUGAUUGGAAACUUGGCCAAGGACAUGUCCGCCUCUGGUUCCAGGAGCAGCUUUAGGAUGAUGAAACAGUUCAACUCUUCCCUCAUCCGACUCCGGGAGAGCGACGGCCAACUCAGCAUCGCAGAGAGGAUCGACCGCGAACGCCUCUGCAAACACAGCCAGCUCUGCCUCAUCUCUUUUGACGUGGUGAGUUUCUCCAAAGAGCAAUUCAAACUCAUUCACGUUGAGGUGGAGGUCAAGGACAUCAAUGACAACUCCCCUGAGUUUCCACGGAAAGAGUCCAGCCUCGAGAUCUCAGAGAACACCGCGGUUGGCACGCGCAUCCCACUGGACUUUGCCGUGGACCCAGAUGUGGGCUCUAAUUACAUCCAGAGCUAUCAAAUCUCCGUGAACAGUCACUUUUCUAUUGACGUCUUGAGCAGGGCCGACGGGGUUAAAUAUGCAGAGCUGGUGCUUAUGAAGGAGUUGGACCGUGAGACGCAGGCGUCUUACGCGCUAGAACUUGUGGCAAUGGAUGGUGGCACCCCGUCCCGCUCUGGAACCACACGCAUCAACAUUAAGGUAAAAGACUACAAUGAUAACAGCCCUGUGUUUGACCGGAGCAGCUUCUCUGUGGAACUGGCAGAGGACGCGCCCGUGGGCACGCUGCUGCUGGACCUAAACGCAGAGGACCCGGACGAGGGGUUAAAUGGAGAGGUGGUCUAUGGCUUUGGAAACCAGGUGCCACAGGAGAUUCGCCAGUUAUUCCGCGUGGACAGAAAGACCGGGCGUCUGACACUUGAGAGUCCAGUGGACUUUGAGACCAAAAACACGUAUGAGUUUGAUGUCCAGGCUACUGACCUGGGUCCGAACCCGAGCCCUGCCAUCUGCAAAAUCGUGGUCCAAGUGCAAGACGUGAAUGAUAACGCACCAGAGAUUUCGAUCAGUCCCAUGACGUCCAUUACAGCCGGCAUUGCUUACGUCACAGAAGCCGCUGCGCGCGAAAGCUUUGUGGCGCUAGUGAGCACCUCAGACCGUGACUCUGGUGCUAAUGGACAGGUGCACUGUACGCUUUAUGGGCACGAGCACUUCCGGUUACAGCAGGCCUAUGAGGACAGCUUCAUGAUUGUAAGUACAAGUGCCCUCGACCGCGAGAAGAUACCUGAGUACAAUCUGACUAUUGUGGCUGAAGACCUUGGCUCGCCUCCCUUCAGGACCAUUACGCAUUACACCAUCCGCCUGACUGAUGAAAACGACAACGCACCUGUGUUCACCAAAGCGUUGUAUGAUGUGGCAGUAACUGAAAACAAUGCACCCGGUGCCUACAUCACCACUGUGGUAGCGCAUGACCAGGACCUGGGAGCAAAUGGAAAGGUCAGCUACAAACUUGCAGACACCUACUUCAUGGGUUCUCCCAUAUCAACUUUCGUUAGCCUCGACCCAGCAAGUGGCUCAUUAUAUGCCCUCCGAAGUUUUAACUUUGAGCUCGUGAAGCAGCUGGAGUUACGAGUUAUCGCCAGUGAUGGCGGGUCCCCACCUCUGGCUGGUAGUGCCUCUGUUUACAUCAGGAUUGUGGACCAGAACGAUAACGCGCCCGUGAUCACGCAGCCUGCACUGCACAACGGAACAGCAGAGAUCUCACUACCACGAGAGUCCCCAAGUGGCUACAUCGUAACCAGGGUGGAGGCGCGAGAUGCGGAUGAAGGGGUGAACGCAGAGAUGUCCUUUGCUCUUGCCUCCAGUGACUCCACUGCAUUCGCUGUGAACAAAGCUACAGGGGAUGUUUACCUGAACCACGCCCUCUCCCAUGACGUCGACGAGAUGCUGCGCGUUACCAUCACUGUCAGUGACAACGGGCGGCCAGCACUCAGUUCUACUGCAACUGUGCACUUUUUGAUCGUGGCGGGUGCGCCGCCGAGCGACCGCUCAGUGUAUGAGACAGAGAGCGGGGCGCCCUUACACGUGCAGUGGGACUUGUCCGUGGUGAUCAUUGUGGUCCUCGCGGGCAGCUGCACUCUGCUGCUGCUGGCCAUCAUCCUCAUCGCCACCACGUGCAACCGGCGCAAGCGCGACAAGAGUGAGGAGGACACCGAGUCUUACCACGAGAAGGGCACUUUAGAGCGGGGCAGAGGUCACGUGGCGGACAACCCGCUGCUCCCGCUGCAUUCGACCACAGGAGGCUCUGUGACCUUUGAUGGACACUCCUACACUAGCCAGCCUGGAUUCAGCUCUGCUCAUCCCGGGAGCACUGACAUGUGCUCGGCCUCUGAGGACGGCAGCGAGGCGCCCUGUGUCUACGACUCAGACAGCAACAACAAGCGCACUGGGAACAAGCACGAGGGAUACUCCACGCUCCCAGGCUACGGCAACGGCAAAGAGGCGGUGCGCCCCAUCACCAUCUGGAAGGGCAACUCUUACACCACUAUAUCUGCUCGGGAUCCAGUUUUUAGCGGCAAAGACAGUGGCAAAGGAGACAGUGACUUCAAUGACAGCGACAGUGACGUGAGCGCAGAUACUUUGAAGAAAGAAGGAGUUGUGGUUCCACCCAUGGGCACACAAAAUGCUCUGUGGGCGUGCACCAGUGAAUGUAAGGUCUUGGGUCAUUCAGACCGCUGCUGGAGUCCUACAGCUGUCAGAGCCCACGCGGGACCCUCCCCCUCUCCAGCCCCCACUCUGACCUCCUUCAGCAGUUUACCCAAGACAGCCUCACUGCCCCGGGACCCCAACCGCAGGGACAACUAUUACCAAGCUCACAUCCCCAAAACCGUGGGUCUGCAGAGUGUCUAUGAGAAGGUCCUGCACAGAGAGUAUGACUACAUGCUAGUGACCCCUCCCAGACCUGUGCGAGUGCAAGAGAUCAGUGAAGUCAGCAUCCCUGUGUACACGCCAACCCCAACACACUGCCCCACCAAUAAUGAUGUUUAAAGACUGAGCACAUUUCACCCACACUUAGGGAAAUAUAUCAAGGACUAAUUAAUUUAUAAAGACAAGAGAAUAAUGUAUUUGAUAAUAUUAUGGAGACUGUGAAUAUGUUUUAUUAUUUGUUUUAUUUUGUUUAAUGUAAAUUCUACAUGAAGUCCAUUCAAUCACUUGUUGGACAUGAAGUGUAUAAUAUUGCAAGAUUUGUACAUAA